UGCACCAAAUGCGAUUUUCUUUUGUUUAGCGGCUGUGCUUGUGUAUGUGUGUGCGUGUGUGCGUGAGAAAAUUGAAAGAAAAGAUUCCCAGCGUCAUCAGGUGUAAACAUUAAACAUCCAAAGUAAAGCAAACCCCCGAGACGAGGACCAGCAACAGGAGCUCAGCUUUCGGUAGGCAGACGGAACCCGAGAAACGGCCUCAAGAUUGGCAAGAUACGCAAGAACAAGAAAAUGAGCUACAACGAGAAGUCGGAGGCCAUUAGCAAGGAGGAGUGGCUGCAGCGCCUCGAGCAGUUCCCCUUCAAGCAGGCGGACAUGAAUCGCCUCAUCAUGAACUACUUGGUCACAGAGGGUUUCAAGGAGGCCGCCGAAAAGUUCCAACAUGAGGCCGACCUGGAGCCAAGCGUUGAGCUCAGCAGUUUGGAUGAGCGCAUCCUCAUCCGUGAGGCCGUGCAGGCGGGCCGCGUUGAAGAGGCCAUCCAGCUGGUGAACCAACUGCAUCCCGAGCUGUUUGGCAGCAAUCGCUACCUGUUCUUUCACCUUCAGCAGCUGCAGCUCAUCGAGCUAAUACGCGCCGGCAAGGUUGAGGAGGCAUUGGCCUUUGCCCAGACCAAGCUAUCCGAGUCCGGUGAGCAGGCCAUGUUCGAGCUGGAGCGCACUUUGGCGCUGCUGGCCUUUGAGAAGCCACAGGAGAGCCCCUUUGCCGAUCUGCUGGAGCAGUCGUAUCGCCAAAAGAUUGCCAGCGAACUGAACUCGGCCAUUCUGCGCUGCGAGCACAGUGAGGACUCCACGCCCAAGAUGAUGUUCCUGCUCAAGUUGAUACUGUGGGCACAGUCCAAGCUGGAUAGCCGCUCCAUUAGUUAUCCCAAAAUGAAGAACCUAGAAACGGCGCAUCUGGAGCCCAAAUAGAAAGGAAAGGAAUAACCCCCUCCCUUUGACUUCUUUUGCUAUUGCUAUUGCUAUCUCUUUUUAAUGUAAUGUAUGUAAUGCUGGAUAGGAUGUACGCUGAGAAUUAUUAAAUAAGUAGCCGGAACACACA